AUGAACCCGAGCAAAAGCACAUUUGAUACCCAUAGCCAACUUGGUUUUGGAGUUUAUCAACUAAAGGAUUGCUAUCAACAAGUAUAUAAGGCACUGUCAUUGGGAAUAAGGUUAAUUGACAGUGCAAUAAGUUAUCGUAAUGAACGAGAUUGUGAAUGUGCGAUUCAAGACUUUUGUAAAAGCAACCCGGACGUAACCCGAGAUGAUAUUACAUUAGUAACAAAGAUUCCUGACUCCAUGCAAGGAUUUGAACGAACAUGGAAAGCAACUCUUCAAUCUUUACGGCGUGUAGACCGGCCAUUUUUGGAUUUAGUUUUAAUACAUUCUCCCAAAUGGCCUGAGCGACGUCUGGAAUCUUGGCGAGCGCUCCUUGAAUUGAAGAAACAAGGAAUUGUUCGAAAAAUCGGUGUUUCCAACUAUAACAUUCACCAUUUAGAAGAAAUUGGUGUUUCACAACUUCCUCUCCCGGCGGUAAACCAGAUCGAGUUGUCGGCGUUCAAUACCAAGAUAGAAAUACAGGAAUACUGUUUUAAGAAAGGAAUUACUGUCAUGGCAUUUUCUCCUCUUACUACCGGACAACGUCUUGACGAUGUUCGUCUCUUGAGUUUGGCAGCCAAAUACAAGAGGACACCAUCGCAGCUCCUAUUGCGCUACUGCUUGGAACGGAACAUUUCACCAAUAUUUAUGAGUACAAAACUAGAUCGUAUUAGCGAAAAUGCUGGUUGUAUGGACUUCCAAAUGGAUUUCCAAGACGUAGCAUGGAUGACUACAUGGAAUGAGGAUUUUGUUAGCAAACCCUCAUGGAAUCCAAUUAUUCUUCCUUAA